CCUGAAGUCACUUCUUUAAAUGGUGUGUACAGACCAUCAUCUCCUAAAGCUUAUUUAGGUCAUUUAAGAAUCACCAAUCAACAUUCAUAAUAGCUUGAUUACACAAAUAUGUAAUGCAGAUGUUAAAAUAAACUAAACCACAUUAUUUAAUUAAAACAAUUGUAAGAAAUUAAAACAUGUCACCACUAUUUUAUAGCUAGAGGUACCCAACGGUAGACUAAUUUUGCAAGCUAACUGAUACCACUAAAAUACAGUGACAAUAGUUUACAUCAGCUUCAUUUGCAAGCGCUGUUAUUAUUAAAGAGUAAGGGCUUCUUUGUUGUUGCAUAAUUGUCACUGCUGUUCAACAAUCAUUAGGUGGAGUCAAUUGAAAAUAAAGAUAGGCCGUUCUCCAUCAACAGUAGCCUCAACAGAAAGUAAUAAGUAAGGACCGUAGUUCUGCUCAUUAGCUGAUUUUUGCUGGGUGGUUACCUAGCUCAGUUAUGACUAUGACAGUUAACGCCCCUUCUCAGCCGUUUGUCAAAAAUCAUCGCGGAAACACAGGAAACCAGUUGAAGUAGCGGCAGACGAGGCAAGUUAGAGUUAGAGUUAGAGGAAAGUGGCUACAGUUACAACAUCUCAUCACAAAAUAGUUUCUGGAUUACAUUGAGCAUCAAACAUGAUGAUAGCAAAAGUUCCCUCCAAGCUGCAGUCACAGCCGUCCUCUCCGCAGCCUCGAUGCUCGUCGCCUUCUGUUCCCACAAGUAAACUAAUCUCUCCCUCGCAGAAACACAGCAAGAAAGCUUUGAAACAGGCCUUGAAGCAGCAGCAACAGAGAAACCAGCGCAGACAGGGGGGAAUGCCAGCCAGCUCUAGUCCCAGACUACUUCUGAAAACCAUCAAAGAUAUGGCUGACACCAUUACUACAACGACUGACUUAUGCCACCCAGUCGUCCCCAGGAAGGUAUCCCAGAGGUCAGGCCGCCUUAGUGCAGGGCAACUGAAACGUACCAAGUGUAAAAUAGAUGUGGAAACACCAGACUCCAUUUUGGUUAACACCAACCUGCGGGCGAUCAUCAACAAGCACACCUUCUCUGUCCUGCCCCCUGACUGCCAACAGAGGCUGCUCAGACUUCUGCCUGAAGUUGACCGGCAGGCUUGCAUGGACGGCCUUCUCAAGGUCACUAGUUCUGCCUUAAACAAUGAGUUCUUCACAUCAGCAGCACAGUCUUGGAAGGAGAGGCUGGCUGAGGGGGAAUUCACUCCUGAGUUGCAGCUACGGAUGAGACAAGAAAUUGAGAAGGAAAAGAAAGUUGAGCACUGGAAGGAGGCCUUCUUUGAAAACUAUUAUGGUGAAAAUUCUGGGCUCAGCUUUGAAGAAUCCAAAGAGCUGACAAAGGCUGAUCUGAAUCAGGAGCCUGCCAGACCCCAGUCCCCCCGUCAUCAGACAGGACCUGCUGCUCAAGCAUCGGAGGAUCCCAAGGGCACCAAGGACAGCAGCCAGACGGAUGCUGCUACUACCGCUGUGGAAAACAUGAAGCCAACACAGGAGCCUCUGAAGGCACAGCCUGUUCCAAAAGAGCCAUUCUUUGCUACAGAGCCCAUGAAGACGCGCCGUUCACAGUAUGCUGAGGAUCGUAAGUUGAACACAACAGCACAGUCUGGACCAACGCCUGCAGUGACAACACCUGAGGUUGAGAGACAGACUGAAAGGGCUGUGGUAGAGACACCGCCCGAAAAGGGGCAUAAAGAGGAAGCGAAGGAGGAGAAAAUGGAACUCUCCCAGUCGCCUGUGAAGAAGAGCCAUGCACCAAAGGCAAGUUCAGAGUUAAAAGAGGAUCAGCUGGCGUCUGUGGUUAAGCCUGCUGAGGAGAGCGAAGAGGUCAUCUCUGAGCCCAGUGGUCCCUCAGAGCUGCUGAAAAGGAAAUCUCUCAGUGAGAUGGAGGUUGAAUUGACACCGGAGAAAAGGUCCCGUAUGUCCUCACUUUCCUCUGUGUCUUCAGUCACCUCCAUAUCUCCUCCAGCAUCAUCCACAUCCAGUCCUCCUACACCGACUCAAACAACAAAUCAGAGGGUUCCACCACUCAAGAUCCCAGUGUACCGAAUUCUUCCUGUUCCUGUGUCACCUAGUCAAGGGUCACCCAGAACUCCCCUCUCAGCCCCACUUAGCAGCCCGGGCCGCACUGGUGCUCGCACUUUGGCUGACAUCAAAGCCAAAGCUCAGCUUGCCCGAGCGCAGCGGGCAGCGGCUGCCGCAGUAUCAUCUGCAUCAAAGGGAGCGGUGCCAGGCCCAGGUCCAGGGGGAGGCAAUGAUGAGCAGACACAGCCAUCGCCUAGCCCAAGCCCAACAUCCCCACUGGCAUCAACCAAGUUACCAGCCUCCAGCUGGGACAGCAGCAGCAGCAGCAGCAGCAGCAGUCAGACCAGCACACCUCCUUCUCACCCACUGGAAACUUUUGGUCAGCUAAGCCCAAACCGAUCUCAAACAUUUUAUUCAAGCAUAACUGAUGAAAAACACAAAGCUCAUCCUGCGGAUACUCUCAGUGCAGGACCCCAUAGCGUUCAAAAGAGUUCAGACACAUCUACGCUUCCCACUCCUUCAUCUGUGCAUCCUCUGAAGGGACAGGAAAACCCAUCACCAGCUGGAUCAUCAACCAGAGCCAGCUCCUGUAUCCCUGCAAACAACCCGCUGGUCACUCAGCUUCUGCAGGGAAAAGAGGUUCCGUUGGAGCAGAUCCUCCCAAAACCGCUAUCCAAGGUGGAAGUAAAGAUGUCAAACAUAUCCUCUGGUAGUAAGGGGAAGACAUCCCACUCUGCUGAGCACAGGGCUGAUAAGCAGAUGUCCCACCAGUUCAAUACAGCAGGGCGAGCAGGAGUUUUCUCAGAAUACACAAGACAUCACAAGGAACUUCCUGAUAAGGAGACUCAGGAGCAGAUCCUACAGGCUCUAAUGCAGAGGAAAGGCCAGCAGGGCCAGUCUCAUGGUGGUGUGGGGCCUCAGCACCAUCAGUACAAAGUCCAUCAGCUGAUGCAUGCAGAAGGGCAUCAGGACCAAUCCAGGAUUUCAGUAGGAUUUCUGGGUCGUAAGAGGAUGCCCAGGCCUGCCAUGACGGGGCAUUACCUGCUCAAUGUGUCCACAUACGGCCGAGGACCAGAGAGCAAGAGACUGCUGCAGUCUGCCAUCCCAAACACAACUGUGUCCAGUUUAAAAAGGGAAAGCACAGAAGGAGAGGAUGCGGCAAAGGAUGAAGAACCAGCUGGGAAGGUUUUCUCUCUUGUUUCUGGGGUUAAAAUAGAGCAGCAGGGAUACUCAAUAACCAAGUCUAAUGAAGCAUGCAGCAUUCAGCAUUGCACCAAUGUAAAGACUGAGCCUGGAUCAGACGAUAGUGCAGCUGGCACCUUCAACAAAAGCACCAGUGCGACAGCCAAAGACACCAAUCCUUUUUUUCAGUCACACCGAAAGCACCUCGAACUCUGCAAUAGUAAUCAAGGAAACUCCGAGCCAUAUCUUACGCAAGUGGACCCCAGUCACCAGCGGCCGUCUGCCUUUCAAACCCAGAGAACGCUCGAUAAUCAGGAACCCGUGGCAUCGUGCUACGGUGGCACUAUCAGCAUGUCUGUACCUCACACGUUGAACCACAGCACUGUGGGCACCGGCUCUUCCACAGCUUCAACAGAGGCUGAGGGUGGCGGCGUCCACGGGAGCGUCAUGUCUUUCUCGGUGACCGUCACCACCAUACCUGCUGGUCACUCGUUAGACCACAGCAUCCAGCGCGAGCCCUCACCUGAACAGUCGUUCAUCGAGGGCUCCAACAUGGAGGACGUCCAGUCUAAAUGCUACUGCCGACUGAAGGCAAUGAUCAUGUGCAAAGGAUGUGGCGCCUUUUGCCAUGAUGACUGCAUCGGCCCCUCGAAACUGUGUGUGUCAUGUUUAGUUGUGCGAUGAUAUGAAAUGAAUAAUAAUUAGAAGAUAUUGUGGUUUGAUUGGUAUUGAAGCAAGGCACAAAGCAGAAGCAGGUCAUUUGGAAUCAAUACAAAAUCAAUGCUGGGGGGAAGCACAUUUGCCAUACUCCCGACAAAACAACCAGCACGUGGUGGCUGUGGGAAAGGAUUUACACUGGAUGGUCUGCUGUUUCACCAACAUCUAUUAAAAGUUGUUUUGUGCGAUUUUUUGGUAGAAAUCAGUUUUCUAUCAAAUCAGUAGUCAAAUAUAAAAUCUGGCAAUGUUUGCACUCAACUAGGAUUAGUGUGAUAUAUUUUUUUAAAUAUAUAAAUAUAUAUGUGUAGUUUUUAAAAAAAAAAAAAAAAAAAAGGAGGGAAAAAUGAAUGUUGCUAUUUUUGUAGAACAUAAUAACUGUUGUGUUUUAGACUGACUUUUUAUUAUUGGGCCUAAUCAGUUAUGGUUAAAGGCAAAAAAAAGGGCGCUAAUGAUAAUCAUUGGUUGUAGAGUACCUCCCAUUUGGCAUUUACGCAUGCAUGGCGGGGAAGUGCAACUUACAGCAACUAUUUUAUAUAAAAACUGUACAUUUAUAACUAAACACACUCAGAUUUAAGAACUAGAAAGAGCAUGUAUACUUUUUGAAAGAUAAUAUAAAAGGAAUUUUGAAUGAUACUACUUCUCAUGAGGAUUGCACAUCACAUCGUUUUUUUGACUAACAGUUACAGGGCGAAGCACUUGAAAACCACCUUGAUAUAUGGUAGUAACUGUAUCAGCACUUACAUCGAAAUAUAGGGGAAAAGAAGAAUCAUUUAUGUAUAAAAAUGCCUAUAUGUUUCUUUUGGCAAAUUGAGUCACUUCCUACUGUGUAAACCUAAAUUUUGUAGAUAUUGCCUCCCAUGUGGUGGGUUUUCUCAUGCUUGUAUAUCUGUAUAGAUAGAUCAGCAGUGGCAAACAGUAAAAAAAACACUCAAGGCAAGGGGAGAAAAUGAAGAUAAUUUAGUUGUUUUUUUUCCACUGUAAAUAUCUGCUCAUUUACGGUAUAUGCCUAGAUGUAGAAAUGUAUUUUAUUUUAUUUUGUGCAGCACACCUAGUUUGAGCAAAUUCAGCUGUUUAUUACAUAAUUAUUUUUACUGUGGAAAGAAAAUAGAGAUGAACAGUAAGUUAUGCUAAAACGCUAAAUGCUUUAUCUUAGAAUGAUUCAGCGUAGUAUGCUUCAGUUUUACAAAUUGAUUUGGAGGUACAAUAUGACACCGAUUAACAGACGAGUGUAACGCUUCACCUCAAAAUGGCUUUGAAUUGAAUUAUGAAUUUAAAGAGUUGUCCAUUUUAAUGUGGUAUGAAGUAUUGUAAGCACAAAAAUAAUACUGUAUCAUGUUUAUAUAUGUGCACGGAUGAACCAGCAAGCUUGUUGUGUGAACACUGUGUUGUUACAACUUUGUAGUUACAUUAUGAUGAAGUUAACACAGUAUAAAUGCUUACUUCACCACAUAUUUAAAUGCAAAAAGGCCAAUGUGAAGAGUUACCUCAGCAGGUUUUUCGGGUGCUCAUGCUGAUUGCAAAUUAAGACACAUCAACUAUAUUAUCUCCUGGAGGUGCAAAGUAGACCUGUUUUAUAGCAAUUAUUUCCAAGGUAAUAUGCCAAAGUCACCUUAAAGAAAACAAAAUAAUCUGAACUUUUUUUAAAUGUCUGACUAGUUAAUCAAAGUAAUAUAUUUUAAUUAAUAUAUUUUAAUAUAAAAAAUCUAUUUGCUAAUUGUUUUUGAAAAUCAACAGGGUAUUUACUAUAAUAAUAUAUUGGCUAUCUGUUUCUACCUAUGAUUUUGUUUAGACUGGACAGGCCACCGUACAGAGAAUAACAAGAGUUUUUAUAAUUCAAAUUGCCCAGGUAUUAAUAUUCUGUAUGGCCCAGGUUUUUUCAACGGAUCCGUUGGUCUAUAUUUUUCCAUAGAGGUGUUGUCAAAUACGAGUACCGUUUUAGAUGUUACAUUUGUGUCCUUAUGAAAAAAAGAUAUGAUUAAAAAUGUUAAAGCACCAUUUGUAGGUCAGUGGAUUAAUCAAAGUCCAUUUUAGAUGUAUUUGUUAUUAAAUUGAGGGGUUUGUGUCUUGUGGAAUAUUGGUUUUAAUAUUUUAGGGCUAAAAUCCACAAAGUUAGCAUAGUCAUUUCACUAAAACUGGUGUACCAGUAUUUGAUUAGAUCACAAAUUUAAUUUAUCUAACAUAAAUAUUUUGGUCUUAUUUGGUUGAAUGUGAUGUUAGGAUGCUGUAUUUACUCCUGUAGAGUUGGGGACUGGAUUGCACUGCAAAACAAUUACAAAAAAAAAAAAACAUUCAAUCAACUCAAAAGGCAGCUGUAAUCUUUGUUAAUAACAAUUGUCAGGCAGCAGUCCCCACUGUGACUGAAGUUACCUGUUUGUGCAUUCAGAUGAGCAGUUCAUAUAGAAUUGACUGUGGGGGAAUUUGUCCUGGGCAAUCCCUACCAUUUUAAAAUGUCAUGUUUAUCACUAGGUGAAUUUGUUUAACAUGUCUGUGUCAUUUUGUCUCCAUUUAAACUCCGGGUGAAUGUAAUAUAGUAAUCAGCACUUGUAAACAAAGUGUAUUUUAUCAAAAGUAAUAGACUAUUAUGAAUAAAUAAGGAAAACUAA